AUACAAUACAACGAGGCCUCGCUUUUUCGAAAGAAAGAAGAGGUGUGAGAGAACAGUAAUAAAGGAAGCGAGGAAGGAGGUCAGUCAGACCUCAGUCAGUGUAUACUCGCAGAAGUCAAGACAGACAGACACCGUCGUGUUGUUGCCGCCAUCCUGAGGAGAGAUGAUACUCGUGGCGAUCAUGGCGGAGCUACUGGAGGAGUACACGGCGGCGGUGGCGCGCGCCGUGGAGCGCCUGCUCUCAUCCGCGGCGCCGCGGCGCAUCCUGCCGCGCCGGGUUCGCUUCCUCGUCCUCCGGAGCCUCCCCUUCGCGUCCCCACCACCACCACCGAUGGCUGCUGCGCCACCGCCACCGCCACCGCCGCCGCCCCACGCCACCGUUCUUACCAGCUGAUCUGCUGUCUAGCGCUGUACUUGAGCUCUGCAUCUCUUCUUCUGCGUCUCUUUCAAGUGUUUUGCUGGAUCAGCGCUUCCAUUCGCUGCUGGCCGGGUGGAUGGUGGUGGUGGUAGUGGAUAUAGUAGAUAGGGAACCGAUUGCUGUGUGUGUAAUAAAACGCAGGGAUGGAAAUUAUAUUGACUGCUAUACGUAUAUGUAUGUUUUAAGUUAUAUAGAUAUGUAUUUGUUUGCAGGUUGGAAAUUACUAGAUACCAUGAUUAACAGACCUCGAGCAAAUUUAGUCUUCAUGCCCCCCCUGCAAGUUCUUGCUCAACAGAUGUCACAUGGGAGUGGGGAGAAUCACGAAGAUAAUUCAAAGUGUCACUGUCUUCAGUACCGCCCUCGUGACACGUGCGGUGCGGCGCCGUCCAUUUAUUACAGAGACAGCAACGGGUAUAAUACGAUCAGGAAGUGCCAUCUCAUGUCUGUACUUGCAAGGCAUAUAAAGAUCUAUCUAUUACCUAAAAUAUCUAGACUCGCGCAUAUGUCAAACAAUUUAUUUAUUCGUAUCUAUACCAUGCACUUUUUUUCCCAGUUUUUGUAAUAAGGACCGAGAUAUAUACCCCCUCAUAUGAUUUUAGAGGUGUUCAGCGACUUGUACUACUUUGUCCAUAUUAACGUAGGAGGGGUAAUGGAUCGCGAUCCAAAUGUUUCUUCACUGUUUUAUAACGUAUUAAAU